AGGUUUAGACAGAAGAGCUUUUCAUAAAGGAUAAUGCCUGGUGUCCGCAGAGGGAGGAGCCUCUCUGAGGGGCUGAUGCUGGAGGAAUCAGAGAAAGGACGAUUGGUCGUCUCCAGCGUUGUCGAUGGCUCCUUGGCCAAUCAGGGGCUCAAAGAAGGAGAUGAAAUUGUGGGUGCCACAAUCAACUUCGACCAACUUUCGAAAGACGAUGUGUUUAAGAUACUGAAGAUGAUGGAUGAUAAUGGAUUUGAUGAGAAGGUUCAGGUUCUGACGAAAAAUAAUUUGAGCAAGAGUAUGGGGACCUUGGAUAGCAUCAAAGCCCCAGAGGAGAUGCUGAAGGAUUCCUAUAACAGACUCAAUGCCAAAAUAAAGAAGUUCAUGAAGGAUGACAGCUCUGGACAACCUACAGGUUCUGGGGGAAGAGGCUCUCCUUACGGACAGGAAAGAGGCAAGGGACCGAGACCUCUCUGGGCCAAGGCUGAUGUCAGAGGAACAGACUCUACAGUACCUCAUGAUGCUCCUGGUGGAGAACUUUGGUUGCCUAAUGCAAACAUGAGUACAUCAGAUCUCUCCCUAGCUCAUUUGAAUGGGUCUUUAGGGGCUGAUCCUGAUGUAAAUAUCUCAGAUUUACCUUCAGUAGACCUUAAAGGUUCCAAAAUAGAUAUAGAAUUGCCAGAUUCAGACAUUGGUAUCCCAUCUGGGAAGAUCAAAACACCAAGUCUAGGUAUGGCUGACUUUUCUGUAUCUGGACCAAAAGUUAGGACUCCAGACCUGGACCUCUCAGCAGCUGAGAUGUGUCUAUCAGACGUCAGUUUGCCUGACCUCAGUACUCCAGAUAUUGACAUACCCUCAGGUAAAUUCAAACUAAAGAAACCACAUGCAGAACACAAAGCUCCGGAUUUCGAUGUGGAUGCCCCCUCUGGUAAACUGAAUAUGCCCAAAUUUGGCUUCUCUGGCCUAAAAAGACCAGAUCUGGGCAUUGAUGCUGAUGUAAAAACACCAAAGCUAAGUCUCAAAGCUCCCAAUAUAAAAGGUGGGCUAGAUGCACCUGACUUGUAUUUACCCAAAGUCGACCUGAAAUCACCUAAAUUAGAUGUAAACGCUCCAGAUAUUGACAUCAAUGCACCCUCAGAAAAGUUGAAGAUGCCUAGAUUUGGCCUUUCGGGCCCUACAGGACCAGACGUUGGCAUUGAUAGAGACUUAGAUGGACCAGACCUGAGCUUAUUAUCUUCCAAAUUACAACGGCCUGACAUGGAUGUUGGUAGCCCAUCUGGAAAAUUAAAGAUGCCAAGUUUUAAGGCGCCAGACUUUGGCUUCUCGGGGCCAGAUGUUCAAGGGCCUGACUUAGAGGUAAAGACUCCAGACUUGGAACUUUCAGCCCCCAAGUUUAAAGGGGGAAUUAGUCCCCCAGAUUUGGAUCUGCCAGAUGUUGAUCUCAAAGGCCCCAAACUAAACUUCAAUGCUCCAGAUUUUGACAUAGAUAUGCCCUCAGGUAAAGUCAAAGUACCUACAUUGAAUAAACCAAAGGUUGACCUGAAUGCUCCUGAUCUGGACAUCGAUGGGCACUCUGAUAAACUGAAAAUGCCCAAAUUCAAUCUCUUUGGCACAUUGCCAAAAGGACAAGGUCUAGACAUCAAUGCAGGUGUGAAAUCCCCAAAGUUAAAAGGUGGGAUUGAUGCCCCUUACAUGGAUUUAUCAGACAUGGACCUCAAAGCCCCUAAAUUAGAUGUAAACACUCCAGAUAUUGACAUUGAUUCCCCCACAGGGAAAUUCAAAAUGCCCAAAAUGAAGAUGCCUAAAUCUGACAUGAAAAUACCUGAUGUUGACAUAGAUGGAGAUCUAGAGGGGCCAGACCUGAACUUGUCUGCACCCUCAAUGAAUCUCAAAGGUCCCAAAGCAGACAUAAACAUUCCAAAUGUUGACAUUGGAAGUCCAUCAGGCAAAAUGCCAACUUUCAAGAUGCCAGAUGCUGGUUUCUCUGGACCAAAGGUUAAAGUGCCUGACUUUGAGGUAAAGACUCCAGUCUUUGAUCUUUCAGCCCCCAAGUUUAAAGGGGGAAUCAGUCCCCCAGAUCUGAAUCUGCCAGAUCUCAAAGGCCCCAAACUAGACCUCAAUGCACCAGAUGUAAACUUAAAUAUGCCCUCAGGUAAAGUCAAAGUACCUACAUUGAAGAAACCAAAUGUUGAUCUGAAUGCUCCUGAUCUGGACAUUAAUGGCCCCUCUGGUAAACUGAAAAUGCCCAAAUUUGGACUGUCUGGUACAACGCCAAAAUCCACAAAACUGAAUCUCAAAUCCCCAAAUAUGAAGGGGGGAAUUGAUUCCCCAAAUGUGAAUUUACCAGAUGCGAACCUUAAAGCCCCUAAACUAGAUGUAAACACUCCAGAUAUUGACAUUGAUUCCCCCACAGGGAAAUUCAAAAUGCCCAAAAUGAAGAUGCCUAAAUCUGGCAUGAAAAGACCUGAUGUUGCCAUAGAUGGAGAUCUAGAGGGGCCAGACCUGAUCUUGUCUGCACCAAAUUUGGACAUAGAAGCACCCUCAAUUAAUCUCAAAGGUCCCAAAGCAGACCUAAAUAUUCCAAAAGCUGGUAUUGGAAGUCCAUCAGGGAAAUUCAAAAUGCCAACUUUCAAGAUGCCAGGUUCUGGUUUCUCUGGACCAAAGGUUAAAGUGCCUGACUUUGAGGUAAAGACUCCAGGCUUGGAUCUUUCAGCCCCCAAGUUUAAAGGGGGAAUCAGUCCCCCAGAUCUGAAUCUUCCAGAUCUCAAAGGCCCCAAACUAGACCUCAAUGCACCAGAUGUAAACUUAAAUAUGCCCUCAGGUAAAGUCAAAGUACCUACAUUGAAGAAACCAAAGGUUGAUCUGAAUGCUCCUGAUCUGGACAUUAACGGCCCCUCUGGUAAACUGAAAAUGCCCAAAUUUGGACUGUCUGGUACAACACCAAAAUCCACAAAACUGAAUCUCAAAGCCCCAAAGAUGAAGGGGGGAAUUGAUUCCCCAGAUGUGAAUUUACCAGAUGCGAACCUUAAAGCCCCUAAACUAGAUGUAAACACUCCAGAUAUUGACAUUGAUCCCCCCACAGGGAAAUUCAAAAUGCCAAAAAUGAAGAUGCCUAAAUUUGGCAUGAAAAGACCUGAUGUUGACAUAGAUGGAGAUCUAGAGGGGCCAGACCUGAACUUGUCUGCACCAAAUUUGGACAUAGAAGCACCCUCAAUGAAUCUCAAAGGUCCCAAAGCAGACCUAAAUAUUCCAAAAGCUGAUAUUGGAAGUCCAUCAGGGAAAUUCAAAAUGCCAACUUUCAAGAUGCCAGAUGCUGGUUUCUCUGGACCAAAGGUUAAAGAGCCUGACUUUGAGGUAAAGACUCCAGGCUUGGAUCUUUCAGCCCCCAAGUUUAAAGGGGGAAUCAGUCCCCCAGAUCUGAAUUUGCCAGACCUCAAAGGCCCCAAACUAGACCUCAAUGCACCAGAUGUAAACUUGAAUAUGCCCUCAGGUAAAGUCAAAGUACCUACAUUGAAGAAACCAAAUGUUGAUCUGAAUGCUCCUGAUCUGGACAUUAACAGUCCCUCUGGUAAACUGAAAAUGCCCAAAUUUGGACUGUCUGGUACAACGCCAAAAUCCACAAAACUGAAUCUCAAAGCCCCAAAGAUGAAGGGGGGAAUUGAUUCCCCAGAUGUGAAUUUACCAGAUGCGAACCUUAAAGCCCCUAAACUAGAUGUAAACACUCCAGAUAUUGACAUUGAUCCCCCCACAGGGAAAUUCAAAAUGCCAAAAAUUAAGAUGCCUAAAUUUGGCAUGAAAAGACCUGAUGUUGACAUAGAUGGAGAUCUAGAGGGGCCAGACCUGAACUUGUCUGCACCAAAUUUGGACAUAGAAGCACCCUCAAUGAAUCUCAAAGGUCCCAAAGCAGAUCUAAACAUUCCAAAUGCUGAUAUUGGAAGUCCAUCAGGGAAAUUCAAAAUGCCAACUUUCAAGAUUCCAGAUUCUGGUUUCUCUGGACCAAAGGUUAAAGUGCCUGACUUUGAGGUAAAGACUCCAGGCAUGGAUCUUUCAGCCCCCAAGUUUAAAGGGGGAAUCAGUCCCCCAGAUCUGAAUUUGCCAGACCUCAAAGGCCCCAAACUAGACCUCAAUGCACCAGAUGUAAACUUAAAUAUGCCCUCAGGUAAAGUCAAAGUACCUACAUUGAAGAAACCAAAUGUUGAUCUGAAUGCUCCUGAUCUGGACAUUAACAGUCCCUCUGGUAAACUGAAAAUGCCCAAAUUUGGACUGUCUGGUACAACACCAAAAUCCACAAAACUGAAUCUCAAAGCCCCAAAGAUGAAGGGGGGAAUUGAUUCCACAGAUGUGAAUUUACCAGAUGCGAACCUUAAAGCCCCUAAAUUAGAUUUAAACACUCCAGAUAUUGACAUUGAUCCCCCCACAGGGAAAUUCAAAAUGCCAAAAAUGAAGAUGCCUAAAUUUGGCAUGAAAAUACCUGAUGUUGACAUAGAUGGAGAUCUAGAGGGGCCAGACCUGAACUUGUCUGCACCAAAUUUGGACAUAGAAGCACCCUCAAUGAAUCUCAAAGGUCCCAAAGCAGAUCUAAACAUUCCAAAAGCUGAUAUUGGAAGUCCAUCAGGGAAAUUCAAAAUGCCAACUUUCAAGAUGCCAGAUUCUGGUUUCUCUGGACCAAAGGUUAAAGUGCCUGACUUUGAGGUAAAGACUCCAGGCAUUGAUCUUUCAGCCCCCAAGUUUAAAGGGGGAAUCAGUCCCCCAGAUCUGAAUUUGCCAGACCUCAAAGGCCCCAAACUAGACCUCAAUGCACCAGAUGUAAACUUGAAUAUGCCCUCAGGUAAAGUCAAAGUACCUACAUUGAAGAAACCAAAUGUUGAUCUGAAUGCUCCUGAUCUGGACAUUAACAGUCCCUCUGGUAAACUGAAAAUGCCCAAAUUUGGACUGUCUGGUACAACGCCAAAAUCCACAAAACUGAAUCUCAAAGCCCCAAAGAUGAAGGGGGGAAUUGAUUCCCCAGACAUUAAUUUUCCAGAUGCUGAUCUCAAAGCCCCUAAACUAGAUGUGAAAGCCUCAGCUCUUGACAUCAGUGCACCUUCUGGGAAAUUCAAAAUGCCCAAAUUUAAAUUGCCUAAAUUCAGAGGCCUAAAGAGACCAGAUGUUGACAUUGAUGGAGACUUAGAGGGCCCAGAUAUAGAUAUCAAUGCCCCCACAGCUAACCUCAAAGGUCCCAAAACAGGUCUAAAAAUGCCAGCCCCAAAGCUAAAAGGGGGAAUCAGUCCCCCAGAUUUGAGACUACCUAAGGGUCACCUCAAAGGGUCCAAACUAGAACUCAAUGCUCCAGAUUUUGAUGUUGAUGCCCCCUCAGGUAAACUGAAAAUGCCCAACUUUGGGCUCUCAGGCACUAUGCCAAAAGGACCAAAUCUGGACAUAAAUGCAGGUGUGAAAUCACCAAAGUUCAGUCUAAAAAUGCCAAAGAUUAAAGGUGGGAUUGAUGCCCCUGACAUGGAUUUACCAGACAUGGACCUCAAAGCCCCUAAAGUAGAUGUAAACACUCCAGAUAUUGACAUUGAUUCACCCACAGGAAAAUUCAAAAUGCCCAAUCUGAAAAUGCCUGAAUUUGGAAUGAAAGGGCCAGAUAUUGACAUAAAUGGAGAUAUAGAGGGACCAGACCUGAACUUGACAUCUCCCAAACUCAAGGGUCCCAAAGCAGACCUAAACAUUCCAGAUGCUGAUAUUGACAGUCCAUCAGGAAAACUUAAAAUGCCAACUUUCAAGAUGCCAGAUUUAGGUUUCUCUGGACCAAAAGUUAAGGGGCCUGAUUUGGAUCUUUCAGCCCCCAAGUUUAACGGGGGAAUUAGGCCCCCAGAUUUGGAUCUGCCAGAUGUUGACCUCAAAGGCCCCAAAUUAGACCUCAAUGCACCAGAUGUAAACUUUAAUAUGCCCUCCGGUAAAGUCAAAGUACCUACAUUGAAGAAACCAAAGGUUGAUCUGAAUGCUCCUGAUCUGGACAUUGAUAGCCCCUCAAAAUCCCCAGACUUGAGGCUCAAAGCUUCAAACAUUAAGGGGGGAAUUGAUGGUCCAGACAUGAAUUUACCAGAUGCUUACCUCAUAGCCCCUGAUCCAGAUCUUGACAUCAAUGAACCCUCUGGUAAAUUAAAAAUGCCCAAAUAUAAAAUGCUUAAAUUCAGAGACCUAAAGAGACCAGGUGUUGACAUUGAUGGAGACUUAGAGGGCCCAGAUAUAGAUAUCAAUGCCCCCACAGCUAACCUCAAAGGUCCCAAAACAGGUCUAAAAAUGCCAGAUUUGAAGAUGCCUGAUUUCGGGCUAUCUGGGCCAAAUGUAGAUGAACCUGACUAUGACUUACCUGAUAUUGGUCUCUCAGCCCCAAAGCUAAAAGGGGGAAUCAGUCCCCUAGAUUUGAGACUACCUAAGGGUAAUCUCAAAGGCCCAAAACUAGACCUCAAUGCUCCAGAUAUGCCCUCAGGUAGAUUCAGAGUUCCAACCUUAGAGAGGCCAAAUGGUAGCAUCAAAGACCCUGAUUUUGACAUCAACACUCCUACAUUCAAAAUGCAUACAUUUGGGUUGCCUACUCAAAAAGGACUGGAUCAUGACAUCAGUGCUGAACUAGGUUUAAAUUUGCCCCACCUCAAAAUGCCUAAAUUUGGCCUUUCUGGUAUGAAAGGUCCAGAUGCUGGAAUAGAUGGAGACAUUGAUGGACCAGACCUGAGCUUGUCAGCCCUGAAAGUAAACACGGGGAUUGAUAGUCCAGAUUUAGACAUAAAUGUUCCCUCUGGCCCCCAAGCUGAUCUCAAUUUGCCAGACUUUGACAUUGCUAAACAAUCUCGAAAAUUCAAACUGCCGUCGUUAAGAUUGCCUCAGUUUGGAAGUCAAAUUUGGUCUAUGCUGGCCAUCAUCCCCCAGGACCCGUUCCUGUUCAGUGGGACGGUGAGGGAGAACCUGGACCCAUGUGGACGUCACCCUGACCCCCGGCUACUGGAGGCCCUGGAACACUGUCACCUCAGCCCUGUCAUCAACCGCAUCGGUGGUCUUGGUGCUGAGGUGGGAGAGAGGGGCAAGUGUUUCUCUCUGGGACAGAGACAGCUGCUGUGUCUGGCCAGGGCUCUGCUGACUGAAGCUAAUCCUGGUCACCGCAGGGGGAGGAGCCUCUCUGAGGGGCUGAUGCUGGAGGAAUCAGAGAAAGGACGAUUGGUCAUCUCCAGCGUUGUCGGUGGCUCCUCUGGCAAUCAGGGGCUCAAAGAAGGAGAUGAAAUUGUGGGUGCCACAAUCAACUUCGACCAACUUUCGAAAGACGAUGUGUUGAAAAUACUGAAGAUGAUGGAUGAUAAUGGAUUUGAUGAGAAGGUUCAGGUUCUGACCAAAAAUAAUUUGAGCAAGAGUAUGGGGACCUUGGACAGCAUCAAAGCCCCAGAGGAGAUGCUGAAGGAUUCAUAUAAUAGACUCUACAAUGCCAAAAUAAAUAGGUUCAUGAAGGAUGACAGCCCUGGACAACCUGCAGGUGCUGGAGAAAGAGGCUCCCGUAAUGGACAGAUGAAGGGCAAGGGACCGAGACCUCUCUGGGGCAAACCUAAAGUGAAAGGUGACCUCAAACCCCCUGUCCUCACCACGGAUUACCCAGUUGUGGAGACACCCAAAGUAGAUGCUCCUACCUACCUAGAGUCUCCAGACCUCAAAUUCUCUGCUCCAAAGUUAAAGGUGCCUAAACUUGAUGUCAAAGGCGCGGUACCUGAUGCUCGCGGUGGAGAUCUUUCGUUGCCUAAUGCCAACAUUAGUACAUCAGAUCUCUCCCUGCCUCAUUUGAAUGGGUCACUAAACAUUGAUGCUCCAUCAUUUAACCUGGAAAGGCCACAUCUUGAAACUGAUAUAGAUGCUAUCGAUGUUCUAGAAUUCGAUAUGUCUUUGCCCAAAGUUGACAUCAAAGGCCCUGAUGUUGACCUGAAAGUUAUAGAUCCACUUCCCAAAGUUGGAGGAGAUAUCAAUGUCCCGGAAGCAGAGCUCAAUCUACCAGAGGGGGUUGUCACUGGACCUACUUUAAAUAUCAAUGCCCCAAAGCUUGAUAUUGAAAGAACAGGCAAAAAAUUCAAAAUGCCCAAAUUUAAGAUGCCUGACUUGGGUCUCUCUGGAUCCAGCGUAAAUGUACCCAGCCUUGAGGUUGAUACACCAAAUAUGAGGAUCCCAGAUAAAGAUAUGCCAGGAGUUAAUCUCAAAGGUCCCAAACUAGAUCUACAAACAGCAGAUGUCAGCAUGAUGAAUAUGCCUUCAAGUAAAAUCAGAGUCCCGUCCUCCAAGAAACUGAAAAACCCCAACCUUGAUAUGGAUGUUCCCUCUAGAUAUUUUGAAUUGCCUAAAGUUAGGCUCUCUCGCAGAGUACCGAAAGGACCAGAUUUAGACAUUGAUGCAGUUUUAAAGACCCCAGACAUGCAUCUUAAAACCUCUUCGAUUGGUGCUCCUGACAUGAAUGUCCCUGGUCUAGAUUUACCUUCAGUAGACCUUAAAGGUUCCAAAAUAGAUCUAGAGUUGCCAGAUGCGAACAUUGGUAUGCCAUCUGGGAAGAUCAAAACACCAAGUCUUGGUAUACCUGACUUUGAUAUAUCUGGACCAAAAGUUAGGACUCCAGACCUGGACCUCUCAGCGGCUGAGAUGUGUCUAUCAGACGUCAAUUUGCCUGACCUCAGUACUCCAGAUAUUGACAUACCCUCAGGUAAAUUCAAACUAAUGAAACCACAUGCAGAACUCAAAGCUCCUGAUUUCAUUGUGGAUGCCCCCUCUGGUAAACUGAAGAUGCCCAAAUUUGACUUCUCUGGCCUAAAAAGACCAGAUCUGGGCAUUGAUGCUGAUGUAAAAACACCAAAGCUAAGUCUCAAAGCUCCCAAGAUACAAGGUGGGCUAGAUGCACCUGACUUGAAUUUACCCAAAGUCGACCUGAAAUCACCUAAAUUAGAUGUAAACACUCCAGAUAUUGACAUUGAUGCACCCUCAGGAAAAUUCAAAAUGCCAAAGUUUAAGAUGCCUAAAUUUGCCCUUUCGGGCACUGAAGGGCCAGUGGUUGGCAUUGAUGGAGACUUGGAUGGACCAGACCUGAGCUUAUUAUCUUCCAAAUUAAAACGGCCAGACUUGGAUGUUGUUAGCCCAUCUGGAAAAUUCAAGAUGCCAAGUUUUAAGAUGCCAGGCUUCUCAGGGCCAGAUGUUCAGGUGCAUGACUUACAGGUAAAGACUCCAGACUUGGAUCUUUCAGCCCCCAAGUUUAAAGGGGGAAUUAGUCCCCCAGAUUUGGUGCUGCCAGAUGUUGACCUCAAAGGCCCCAAAUUAGACCUCAGUGCACCAGAUGUAAACUUGAAUAUGCCCUCAGGUAAAGUCAAAGUACCUACAUUGAAGAAACCAAAGGUUGAUCUGAAUGCUCCUGAUCUGGACAUUAACAGCCCCUCUGGCAAACUGAAAAUGCCCAAAUUUGGCCUGUCUGGUAAAAUGCCAAAAUCCACAAAACUGAAUCUCAAAGCCCCAAAGAUAAAGGGGGGAAUUGAUUCCCCAGAUUUGAAUUUUCCAGAUGCUGAUCUCAAAGCCCCUAAACUAGAUGGGAAUACCCCAGAUCUUGACAUAAAUGCACCUUCUGGGAAAUUCAAAAUGCCCAAAUUCAAAUUGCCUAAAUUCAGAGGCCUAAAGAGACCAGAUGUUGACAUUGAUGGAGACUUAGAGGGCCCAGAUAUAGAUAUCAAUGCCCCCACAGCUAACCUCAAAGGUCCCAAAACAGGUCUAAGAAUGCCAGAUUUGAAGAUGCCUGAUUUCGGGCUAUCUGGGCCAAAUGUAGCUGAACCUGACUAUGACUUACCUGAUAUUGACCUCUCCGCCCCAAAGCUAAAAGGGGGAAUCCGUCCCCCAGAUUUGAGACUACCUAAGGGUCAUCUCAAAGGACCCAAACUAGAUCUCAAUGCUCCAGAUUUUGACGUUGAUGCUCCCUCUGGUAAACUGAAAAUGCCCAAAUUUGGUCUCUCUGGUACAAUAACUAAAUCUCCCAAAUUGAAUCUCAAAGCUCCAAAGAUGAAGGGGGGAAUUAAUUUUCCAGACCUGAAUUUACCAAAUGUUGACCUCAAAGCCCCUAAACUAGAUGUGAAUGCUCCAGAUCUCGACAUCAAUGCACCCUCAGGAAAAUUCAAAAUGUCUAAAUUCAGAGGCCUAAAGGGACCAGAUGUUGACAUUGAUGGAGAUCUAGAGGGACCAGACCUGAACUUGUCAUCUCCCAAACUCAAGGGUCCCAAAGCAGACCUAAACAUUCCAGAUGCUGAUAUUGAUAGUCCAUCAGGAAAACUCAAAAUGCCAACUUUCAAGAUGCCAGAUUUAGGAUUCUCUGGACCAAAUGUUAAGGGGCCUGACUUGGAUCUUUCAGCCCCCAAGUUUAAAGGGGGAAUUAGUCCCCCAGAUUUGGAUCUGCCAGAUGUUGACCUCAAAGGCCCCAAAUUAGACCUCAAUGCACCAGAUGUAAACUUUAAUAUGCCCUCAGGUAAAGUCAAAGUACCUACAUUGAAGAAACCAAAGGUUGAUCUGAAUGCUCCUGAUCUGGACAUUAACGGCCCCUCUGGUAAACUGAAAAUGCCCAGAUUUGGGCUCUCUGGUACAACGCCAAAAUCCACAAAACUGAAUCUCAAAGCCCCAAAGAUAAAGGAGGGAAUUGAUUCCCCAGACUUGAAUUUUCCUGAUGCUGACCUCAAAGCCCCAAAACUAGAUGUGAAUAACCCAGAUCUUGACAUAAAUGCACCUUCUGGGAAAUUAAAAAUGCCCAAAUUUAAAUUGCCUAAAUUCAGAGGCUUAAAGGGACCAGAUGUUGACAUUGAUGGAGAUCUAGAGGGACCAGACCUAAACUUGUCAUCUACCAAACUCAAGGGUCCCAAAGCAGACCUCACUGCUCCAGAUAUGCCCUCAGGUAGAUUCAGAGUUCCAACCUUAGAGAGGCCAAAUGGUAGCAUCAAAGCCCCUGAUUUUGACAUCAACACUCCUACAUUAAAAAUGCUCAAAAUGCCUACAUUUGGUUUGUCUACUCCAAAAAGACCAGAUCAUGACAUCAGUGCUGACAUAGGUUUUAAAUUGUCAAAGAUGAAAGGUGGGAUUGGUUCACCAGAUCUGGACCUACCUACAGUUGACCUAAAAGCCCCUAAGAUAGAUGUAGACACUCCAGAUAUGAACAUUGAUUCACCCUCUGGGAAAUUCAAAAUGCCUCACCUCAAAAUGCCUAAAUUCGGCCUUUCUGGUCUGAAAGGUCCAGAUACUGGAAUAGAUGGAGACAUUGAUGGACCGGACCUGAGCUUGUCAGCCCCGAAAGUAAACACGGGGAUUGAUAGUCCAGAUUUAGACAUAAAUGUUCCCUCUGGUAACUUCAAAGGCCCCCAAGCUGAUCUCUAUUUGCCAGACAGUGACAUGGCUAUACAAUCUCGAAAAUUAAAAUUGCCGUCCUUUAAAUUGCCUCAGUUUGGAAGUCCCAAUCUAAGGGCAGGUACAGAUAUGGACUUUAUGAAAACACAUGACAUUUCUCCUCCAAAGGCUAAAGUGGAUCUAAAAGCACCAGACUUGAAUGUUAGUCACCCAGAUGUCAGCCUGAGCUUACCCAAAGCUGAUAUCAGAAGCCCAGAAUACAAAAUGUCAUCUCAUAGUAAACGCAGAUCUGAUAUCCCAGGUGGAGCGCAUAUAAAAGUGCCAGCAAUAGACAUAGAUACAGAAGUGACACUGCCACACACUGAUAGAAAGUCUAGGAAGGUCAAAGGAAGGGCCAGUUAUCCCAUUGCAGAUAUUGAUUUGUCAAAAGUUGAGUACGAUGCAGGGAAAUUAAAAAUUCCCAAAUCCAAGACUUCUAAAUUGAGUAGUCAUACAAGAAUACCAGACCUUGAUAUAGACUCAAGUAUUCACAGUAUUAAUGCCUCAGUCCCUAAACUCCCACCCCCAAGGUAUGGAUUAGAGGUUUCACAGCCAGAUUUCAAUUUGAGCAGAACUGACCUCAAGGGCCAUAAACAUCAUAGGAAAGCCCCAGCUGGUGAAACCAGCAGAUCAAAAAGGAGAAGUCCAAAACAGUCGGAAAUUGGAAUGUCCAUGCCAAAUUUCACUCAUGGUUCAAACCCAAAAAUGUCUGAAGAUCAAGAAGGAUAUUUUGUCACUGUAUUUCCCAAACAUCUCAAAGGGGAUGUACCAGACGGAACUGGGAGCCUGAAAAAUCGGCACAAAGAAGAGUCAAACCGUAGAUCUCAUACAAUCAGAAGUCUCGACUUCAGUGCAUCAAAUAUGGACCUUGAAGUUCCAGAAGAUGAGAACUUAAAAGGGUCAACAUUCUGGCUUUCAAAGCUUAUAUAGCAUUCAGACAACUGACUAAAUGUCAUGCUAGGCUUGUUUGAAUCACAAUCUUCUGUUGAAACAUAAGGCAGAAAACUUCUGUUACAUAUAAAACAAGCGUCAGAUUAUUUGCAUUUAUUUGUCAUUUUUAUGUAAAUUGAUUGGUAUUUGUUAUGAACAUGUUGAAAACUAAUGUGUAAAGCUUUCUUUUGUGAAGUGAUUUUAAAAAAUGAUUGAAAGGUUUGUUAUGUUCUGCUGAUAAGCUAUUUGAUUGGUAUUGGCCUCCCGAGUGGCGCAGUGGUCUAAGGCACUGCAUCGCAGUGCUAGCUGUGCCACUAGAGAUCCUGGUU